UGCACCCUGCUUAGCCAGUGCCGCCCCUUUAAGAACCUUCUCCCACCCCCUCUACUGUAUUUUUAGCUGAGCAAGCCACUUCAUUUGUGGAAUAAGACGGACAGUAGUGUGUACCUUAUGGUUUCGCUUGAUCAUUCAAAUAAACCACGCAAAAUUUCACUUCUGCUGGAUCAGCUGUGUUGUUUAUUCCCUGGAAACGGCAACUGCAAAUGCACCAGCACUGUGACUGGAUGCUUGAUAACAACAGCAGCCAAGAACGGUCAACAUCCGUGAUGAGGCGCAAUGCCGUAAUGGAUUUCUAAGACAGACCGCUGUGCUUUCCAGGGUGAGAUGGAUUAGAGGGGGAUCAAUUUAGCUGCAAAAUAAAGCUGCGGCACUUCACUUCCCCUCUCUCCUCAUCCUGCGUCUUGUCACCUAUUCUUGGAUUGUGGAUAAUCAAAAACCUUCAAGACGGACGGGGCGCUGGAGCAUCGAGGCAAACACAGGGGCAAUAUGAGGGAGCGGGACUUCAUGCCCAACAUGGAAAGAGGUAAACCCGCUACCUACACGGGGGACAAAAAGGCGAAAAUGGCAGCGAAGACCAACAAAAAAUGGGUAAGGCUGGCCACCGUGUUUGCGUAUGUGCUAUCUGUGUCAUUAGCAGCUAUAAUUCUGGCCAUUUACUACAGCCUGAUAUGGAAGCCAACGACCGCUUCCUCUACAGGCAAGCUGCCCACCACCACCACAGCUAACAUCUCGACCAAUGUCUCCACCACCACUAACGGUCCAGAUACUAACUCGACACUAACUCUGGAUAUAGCGCUCAACGACACUGGGUCGAAUGGACUGAAUGCGACUUCAGUAAAGGCUUUUCAGUCGGAAAUAAGAAGCCGAAGUGGGGCCAUUUUAACAGAGGGCAUUCGGUCCAAAGAUGCGCAUUCUCAACCGAGAGGACUCUACACGGCGCCUCGCGGCUACACGCCCUCGCAAACCACAGGAAAUCAAGGCGCAAUUGGGCAGGCAUCUGCUACCCGUUCGGACGAUGGCAAGCACAUCUCUGACCCAUCGGUGCCCGUUGCCAACGAUCAAAGUCAGUCAAGAGAUACGCACCGCACGGUCACAGCAGCUGGCAAACAACGUCAGUCCGCUCAGGCAGCUGAGGAUGGUACCCGACUACCUGCACAUGCUGCCCUGUCGGCCCCCGCAGCCUCCGCUGCCUACAAGCAAGGACAGCGCACAGAUGAAAACUGACCAGGCCCUAAAUGUCGCUCCUCGGUUGAAGAAGUGUUAGAAGUACAGACGCCGCGGGUCGGACAUAUAACGGUCUUCAUGGAACUGGGUGAAACGCGGAGGAUGCGAUCUGUGAGGAUGCGCACACUUUAUGCACGUACACAAACUUCUUGAUAACACACCGCUAAGGCUCUCACGUCAUACUUCAUGUAAUAUCUAUUACAACAGGAAUACACAGUUGACAUUUGAUGCCACGAUUUUCUUCUCUUUUUGUCGUUUCUUUCUCACUAGUCUACAAUUUUGUUGCCUUAUUGCACGUAAUAACAUGAUGGUAAAGCCGAAAAUGCUGUAGGCUAUGGAAUUUUAGGAACUCGGUGCAUAUGGACUUCUCUAUGAUGAUCUCGGUAAAUGGUCAUUACAGAAAAUGAUUACCGAAAGGACGGUUGCAUUUUAAAACACGAGACAUGCAAAUAUAUCACAUACAUUAAUAGUAUAUUUUUAAAAAGACGUUCUUUUCGGCAAACUCCCACGAUGUAACAAACGCUUUUCACAUUGCAUUUGGUUUGAUUAUCACCGUAUACUAAUUAAUCAGGAGUCCUGAGGUCCAGGAACCCGAGUUGAGUAAGCUCAGGUAUGUGCAUAUACAGUAAUCAUGUAAAUGUAUUGUGUAUUUGUCAUGUACAUAGCUCUAGAGCAAACACUGUACAUACCCAUGGCCCGAUCCAACUUUUAGGUCUGUUAGAUACUUUUUAUUAUGACCAUGUAGGAAAAUGACUGUACUCAGUAUAUUAUCACAAAGCAAAUAAAAGUCAUUUUAAACGUG